AUUAAAUAUUUUGUUCUUUCAGUGAUGAUCAAACUAUGUUAUUUUAUUCAAAAUCAACCCUGAGGCCUAUCCAAUGAGUUGGAAAGAAGAGAGAAACACCAUCAUUCUUCAUUCAUCUCAUUCCAAUCCAAACAAAGAUGUGCACUUUAGAGAAGAGAGGCAACAUUUUCAUCCUAACCCUCACCGGCGAGGGCGAGCACCGUCUCAAUCCGACUCUCCUCGAGUCCAUCCUAUCCUCCCUCCGCCGCAUCCGCCAAGAAGCCACCGGUUCCUCCGCCCUCAUCACCACCGCGCACGGCAAAUUCUUCUCUAACGGCUACGACCUCGCGUGGGCCCGGUCUUCUCGAGAGCGCAUGAUCCUAAUGGACUCCCUCCUCCGUUCCGUCGUCAACGAUCUCCUCACACUACCCAUGCCGACCAUCGCCGCCGUCACCGGCCAUGCCUCCGCCGCCGGCUUCACGCUCGCCCUCGCCCACGACUACCUCCUCAUGCGCAGCGACAGGGGAUUCCUGUACAUGAGCGAGCUCGACAUCAGCCUCGUCCUUCCCGUCUGGUUCCACGUCAUCCUCGAAGCCAAGGUCGCCAUGCCCGCGGCUCGGCGCCACAUCGUCAUGACCGCGGCUAAGCUCAAAGCCGAGGAUGCGCUUCGGCUCGGCGUCAUCGACUCCGCUCACUCUAGCGCCGAUGAGACCGUUGAGGCUGCGCUCGACUUAGCCGCUAGUUUGAUCAAGAGAGGGUGGGAUGGACACGUGUACGCUCAAAAUCGGAAGGUUUUUCUGCGUCGCGUGAUCCAAGCCGUUGAAGACACCUCUCAGACUUCUACUUCGCGGCUUUAGAUGUUAUGUUAUACAUUAGACUUUAAAUCUCGUUGACCUCAAUGGAAUAAGAUACACAAAUGUAUUCUGAAAUACUUUAUUUGGCAUAAAAAAAUAAUUUAACGUGAAAUAAUUGCCUAUUUAUUUAAUUUUAUAUGAUCAUAGUUACUUA